GGCGCUAAAAGGGUCUGUCAAUCACUGGCUCUGGAUGGCCUGGUCGUCAUUGGCGGGGACGAUAGCAAUACUAACGCUGCUGUGCUCGCGGAAUACUUUGCUGCGAAUGGUUGCUCGACUCGUGUGAUCGGAGCUCCAAAGACGAUCGACGGCGACCUGAAGAAUGAUUACAUUCCUGUCUCUUUCGGAUUUGACACGGUGAGCUCUGUUCCCCGGCGAAGUGCCUCCCACAUCGCACUGGAGUGCGCCCUACAGACCCGUCCAAAUGCUACGCUGAUCUCUGAGGAAGUUGAGGCGGAACACCUCUCUCUGUCCCAAGUGACGCAUUCGCUCGUCAGAAUGAUCCUGGAGCGAGCCAAGCAAGGCAAACAUUACGGCGUGAUCCUUCUUCCUGAGGGUAUUAUUGAGUUCAUCCCUGAGUUCCAAACUCUAAUGCACGAGCUCAAUGAUCUGAUGGCUGCAGGCGUGGCUAAUACUGAAGAGGCGGUCAUGCGGGAACUUUCGUUCAACAAUCGGGCGGUCUUUUCAUAUCUUCCAGCCAACAUCAAGGAGCAGCUUCUUUUGGAUCGAGACCCACACGGUAACGUUCAGGUUGCAAAAAUUGAGACGGAAAAGCUACUGGCAGGGACAAUUGCGCUGGAGCUGGAAAAGAUCCGCAAGUAUGGACAAUAUGCAGGCGUCUUCAAUCCCCAGUUUCAUUCUUUUGGGUAUGAAGGCCGCGCAGGACUACCCAGUGGUUUCGACUCAAACUACUGCUACUCUUUGGGCUUGACAGCGGGGCACCUCAUAGGCAACGGGCUUACCUCGCUGAUGGUCUCCAUCACCGGUGUGUGUGGCCCCGUGGAAGAUUGGAAGUGCGGCGGGGUGCCUCUGACCAUGAUGAUGAACAUGGAGAAGCGCCAUGGGAAAUUCAAGCCUGUGAUCCGCAAGGCUCUUGUUCAGCUCGAGGGAAAGCCCUUUAAAAUUUUGAAAAAGCGCCGGGAUAAAUGGGCCGUGGAGGACUGCUACCGCGCCCCUGGCCCCAUCCAAUUCGACGGCCCUUGCUCUCAGGAUGUGAACCUGACGCUGCAGUACGAGUUCCUGCCCGAGGAGGAAGUCGUGGACGCCCCCGACGUGCCCCGGUCCAUGACGCAAAUGGAAGGCUACCUGUUCUCUCCCACGCCCCGGGCGUGCCUGAGCAGCGUCCAGCUCCAUCGUCUCGAGUAUAAAAACCGGGUGCCACAGGCUUUGAAAGGACGCACCACCCUGAACGUGCAGGUGGUGGAGGGAGAGGCCACCCAGUGCCUGUACGGGAAGGACCGGGCCCUGAUGCGCCGCGAAUUCCCGCGAUCCUACGGCUUGCCCAUGGUGCAUCUCCAUGCAGAUCCCAAGGAGGGCUCACAGCAGCGGCAGGUCAAUGCGCACAAAUUCUCCGUCUCUUCCAACGGCACCUGUGCGGCCGAGGAGGAAGAGAUCCCGCGGCAGGGUACCACCAACCCGUUCCUCCUCUCCGACCUCAGGACCGAGCUCGCCGUCUCCGAGGUGGACGGCAUGCGGUCCCUGUUGGACAGGGAGGAACCCCAUGCCUCUAAACGAGCGGCGACCACCCAUCGAGCCGCGGGGGAGCGGCCCAUCACUGUCGGCGUGGUAUUUUGCGGCCGACAAGCCCCUGGGGGGCACAACGUCAUCGCAGGCCUCCACGACUACCUGGCCGCCUCCAACUCCACCCUCUUGGGCUUCGUCGGUGGCAUCGAUGGUAUCUACAAACAGCAGACUGUGCAAGUGACCUCGGAGCUCUUGUCGACUUACCGGAACCAGGGGGGCCUGGACCUGCUCGGCCGCUCGCACGAGAAAUUCCCCGACACGGUCGCGAUGAUGGAGGGCUUCAAGGAUGCCUGCGUCAGGCUUCGGCUCGACGGACUCGUAUUUGUGGGCGGGUGCAGGACGGCCACGGGCGUGGCCUAUCUGAGCGAAUACCUGAUGGCGGAGGGGGUCCCGACCGCCUGCACCGUGGUCCCUGCGGGCAUCGACGGGACCUUGACCAACCAGUUCGUGGAAACCACCCUGGGCUUCCACACGGCAUGUAAAGUCUACUCGGAGCUGGUGGGGAACACCGCCAUCGACGGGGCCUCGGCCAAGAAAUACUGGAUGUUCCUGCGCCUGAUGGGCUCGAACGUGAGCAACAUCGCCUUGGAAGUCGCCCUCCGCUCCGCCCCCAACCUGAUAUUGUUGGCGGAGGACGUGGACGCUUCCCGCAAGUCCUUGCAGGAGGUGGUUCGGGAGGUGGCGGACUUGGUCUCUGCCCGCGCGGCCCGCAACCGGCACUACGGGACCGUUCUGGUGCCCGAGGGCCUGGUGCUCUCCAUCCCCGAAAUCGCCGUCCUCCUCCAAGAAAUCGACGUCGCCUUCCGGGAAAGCGAGGAGGAACUGACCUCGGUGGAGGCGGUAGUCUCGCGCUUGACCACUUGGUCGGCCGCGCUUCUCCGGUCCAUGCCUCCAUAUAUCCAAGUACAGAUGACUAAAGCGCGAUCCUCCAGCAAAGGUGUCCAGCUCUCCGCGAUCGAGACGGAACGUCUCCUCUGUCAUUUUGUGGAGACGGAGUUGAACCGACGCAAGGCGUUGGGCCAGUACAAGGGAAGUUUUACCCCGGUCUGCUCCUUUCUUGGUUACCAAGCCCGUGGUUCCCUCCCCUCGAACUUUGAUUGCAACUUGGGGUACUCCAUGGGGGGAGCCGCGGCCGUGCUUGUGCACACGGGUCGGACCGGUUACCUUGCCACCAUCACGGGGCUCAAGGGCGUGGAGGAAGAAGAUUGGAAAGUGGCAGGCGUGCCUCUGACGGCCAUGCUCGCGUACGACGAGCUGGAACAGCACCGUCUCGCCUACAACGGUCAACUCCGCCCCCGGGUGCCCGCCAAAAAAGUGGAUUUGCGUGGAGCGGCGUACAAGUUUUUGAUGGGGAAACGCCAGCUGUGGGGUAUGCACGACAUGUACGAGAACUCGGGGCCUCUUCAGUUUCAUGGACUCACGGCCGAUGACCGCCCCGCCACUGUGGUGGAGGAAGACCGGGACUACUUGGAGGAACUCGAGGUUCUCCACGCGGCCCUGCGGCAAGUCCGCCGGGCCUGUCGCCCCGGGUGCUCAAGUGCGUUGCUCCAUUUGGCGACGAAGAGCAUUUUGACACUGACAGACGUGGUGUCCAUGAUGGACGAAACCGUGUGA